AUGGAAGAUGAUGAAAAUCAUAGGUGUUAUUUAAACUUCUUCUUAAACGGUAUAGAUAUUUCUAAAAAGUAUAAUUUAAAAUUUCAAAAAAGGUUGUACGACGAUUUGAUAGAUACUUAUUGUUAUAGACAUAAAAUAAAUAUAAAAGAAAACAUAAGGUCUAACAACAAUUAUAUAAAUUACGAGGAUUUAAAUCGUUUGUACAUUUAUUCAAGAAAGGAAUGUCAAGAUGAAAAAUGCGAUAAUAUAAUGAAAUAUGCAUAUAUUUAUUGUUGUUAUAAGUUAAAUAAGGAAAAAAGAGAGAGUAUUAUUAUGAUGUUAUUGGAUGAAGAAUUUCUUAAAUAUAACAUAAAAAAUGAUCAUAAUAAUAUUAAGAAGAAGAAGAAAAAGAAAAAAAAAAAGAAAAAGCAAAUAUAUCUAAUGAAUAAUAAUAAGAACAACAACAAUAAUAGUGAUAAUAAUUAUAAUACUGAUGAUACUUAUAUAAUGAAGCAUAUCAAAGUUUAUGAAGAAAGGUUUUACAAUGUACAAUGUAUACCUGGUUAUAGUGUGGGAUAUUAUUUGAUGGGGAAAAUAUAUGAAAAGGAAGGAAGAAAAGAAUGGUUUAGUGAAAUAAGAAAAAAGAAAUUAAUAGAUAUAUCUUUUAUUUGUUACUAUUUAGGUUAUAAAUCGUGCCCUUAUUUAAUAUGUUGUCUGAAAAAAAUGAUAAAAUUACAUUCGAAUUUUUAUUUUAGUGUUAUGUAUCAAGAUAUAGUUGGAAAACUUUCAAAAAUGUAUAAUGCUCACAUAUAUGUUUAUAAGAAGUUGAAAUGUAAAUCACUUAUUAGGAAAGAAAAUGAAGAUUAUGAUGGUGAUGAUAAUAAAAGUGAUGAUAAUGAAAGUGAUGAUGAAGAUUAUGAUGAUAGAAAAGAUGAUAAUAAUGACGAUUAUUAUGACAAUGAAUACAAGGAAAAAAUGGACGACUAUAGACAUAAUGACGAAAAAAAAGUUGAAGAAAAAAAUAAAGAUGGUGAUAUAAAUUUAAAAGAAAUGGAAGAUCUUGUAAGCAAUGAUAAAGAUUCAGAUGAAUUAGAUGAAUUUGAUGAAGAAAAUAAAAAUGAUAUUGUAAAUGAAGAUGGAAUUGUUGUAAAAAUAAGAAAUAUGAAUUUUGAUGAAAAUCUUUUAGAAUUAAUCGAAAUGAAUAAUGUUAUAAAUAUAAAAGAUGUUUCAUUUAUAUCUUCUUUACUAGAAAAGGAAGAAAUAGAAAAAAUAUUUUUAAAUUGUAUGUCUAAUUUAAAAGAAAAUAUAAUACCUAAUAUUGACAAUAAUAAAAAUAAAUGGCUAUCUGAUGAAGGAAUUCAUGACUUAACAAUAAUCGCCAAAGUUUUUUUUUUUUUUUAUUUAAAUAAAUUUGAAGAUUGUUUAUUGUUAAUAGAAGAAUGGGAAAAUAAACCUAUAUUUAGUAUAUAUAUUUUAUACAUAAAAGGACUAUGUUAUUUUUACCUUGGAGAUUAUGAAAAAUCGGCAUAUUUAUUAGAAAAGAUAUUUGAUAUAGAAUGUUUGUAUACUAAACACCUUCCAUAUUUAUCUACAUGUUAUUGGUAUAAAAAAGAUAUUGAAAAAAUAGAAUAUAUAUUAUUAACAUAUGAAAAGAAAGAAAUAAAUGAAUAUUAUUUAUGUCUUAUUGGAAACUAUUUUUCUUUAAAAAAUAAUAAAAGAUUAGGAACCUUUUUUUUUAAAAAAGCUAUGAAAUUAAAUAUUUUUUAUGAAUAUUCAUAUAUUCUUUAUUCUAGUGAACUAAAACACACAGGAAAUAUUAAUAAAGCUAAGUUAGUAUUACUUAAAUGCAUUUUAAUAAAUCCUAGUAAUUUUAGAGCUCACUUAUUAUUGAGUGUAAUAUUUUUUAAUGAAGGGAAUAUAAAUAUAGCAAAUGUGCAUUUAAGUUUAUGUUUAAAAUUAAAUAUGACAAAUCCAAUAAUAUGUUUAUAUUGUGCUUGUUUAUAUAACUAUAAAGAAAAAUAUGAAACAGCUUUACUUUGUUUAGAACAAGCUCAAAAAAAUAAUUAUAAGGGACCUGAAUUAUUUAUCUUACAAGGUAUGAUAUUCUUGAAAAUGAAAAGAAAUGUUGAUGCCUUAAACAGUUUUUUGAAAGCUGAAAAUUUAUAUCCCAAUUGUGUUUAUAUUAAUACAUUUAUUUCUUUAACUUUAACUCUUGAAAAAAAAUUUGAUAAAGCGAAAAAAAUUGUGAAAGAAAUUUUUUUUGAAAAUGCUUAUAUAAAAAGCACAAAUGCGUUAUUAAAAGAUAUUUAUAAAUGUUGUAAUUCUAAAACACUCCCAAGUAAAUGUCUUUUAAAUAAAAUCGACCUCUUUCUUAAGCAAGAAUGUUUUAAUAUAUUUAUGUAA